AUGGUUGAACAAGCAGAAUGGAGUCCUCCAUCAACGAAAGCAGCUGCACUUAUUUAUUGGAGGAAGCCAGAAGAAUGGGCAUCGCUGAUUGAUAAAUGGGUACUUGAUAGUGGACUUAAUAAUUCCAUAUUGACAAUAUACGAAAUCGCGCACGGAGAAGAAACCGAAGGGUUGGAAUUUCAUGGAUUGGAUCAGACAAUUUUGUUGAAAGCAUUGGAUAUACUGGUUAAACGCG